CCUCAGUGUCUCCUCAGAUGUUCUCUUUGCGAGCUCUCAGCUUUCUCUUUAAAUCUCCUCCUCCUCCUCACUGAGCACAGACAAAUAUUCACUUUGAUUUCUUCACAUGUGACGUCCUUGUUUGCCUGACAGAUUCUCUCUCCUUGCCUCUCCUCAGAUUGACGAUGGCUGAAGCCCAGCUGUUUGUGUCACAGGACGAGUUCACCUGCUCGGUGUGUCUGGACACCCUGACUGACCCUGUCACCAUCCCCUGUGGUCACAAUUUCUGUCUGAAGUGCCUCACCAACUACUGGGAUCAAAGCCAAGAGUUCUUCUGUCCGCAGUGUAGAGAGAACUUCAGCACGAGGCCUGCUCUGCGAAGAAACGCUCUGCUGAAUGAAGUCAUCAAAAAAUUAAAAAAGACGGGACUCAGUUCUCCGCUAUCUAAGAUUUAUGCCAGCCCUGGAGACGUGGAGUGUGACGCCUGUGCUGGAAAGAAGUUCAGAGCAGUAAAGUCCUGUCUAACCUGCUUGGCUUCUUUCUGUCAGCCUCACCUGCAGCCUCACUAUGAAAUAGCAGCCUGGAAGGGACACAAGCUGGUUGGUCCUGAUAGAAAUCUGAAGGAGAAACUCUGUAUGAAACAUCAGAAAAGUCUGGAGAUGUUUUGCAGAACCGACAAGACGUGCAUCUGCUUGAUGUGUGGAAUGACUGAACACAAU